CUUCUGCACCACCUGCUCCCGCUGUUCACUCACCUUGUGCAGUGCCCGGCUCCGCUUGGAGUCAUUGUCCUGCCACCCACAACACAAGGAACCAGGUAACGUCAACGGGCAAGCUCCCCACCACACUGAUUCCGCAUGCUUGUUGUGUAGCACUGCUGCCACACCAGAGGGUUGUGUGUUAGCAGGGCAACAACCUUCUACUGACACCUUGCUGGAGAAGCUGCUUCUUUAGCUCAAGCUGUUGGAGCUUCUGCUUUAGAUCCCUGAUUCAAUCCCCACUGAUAAGUUGCACUGUUUGUGUAUGUUAGGGAAUCAAAAAUGGGCAGAACCAGAACCCUGGAUCCAAAUGCACCUAGAGUCUGGAACCAAAGCAUGUGGCUGAGAGCAGAGCCCAAACUGGAUCCCUGUAGCUGCAAGACUCUGUAGCUGUGACCAGCUGCUGUUCUGAUCAGAGGCCAGAAGGGACGCAGGAGCAGGGCGCCCCAAGGCACCGAGCCCCACCAGCCGCCCCCGGCGAGAGAGACAGAGGAGGCGAGCGAGUGCCCCGGCUCCGAGCCGAUGGUUCCGAGGGAGGAUCAGCCCCGCCGCUGAGCACUGACCCAAGUUUGGGCUGGGGAUGGCCCGGAACACGUCCCUGCAUUUCAGGGUGGUGGAAGGACGGAGCCUGCCUGCCAAGGAUGUGUCUGGCACCAGCGACCCCUACUGCAUUGUGAAAGUCGACAACGAGGUGGUAGCCAGGACUGCUACAGUGUGGAAGAACCUGAAUCCCUUCUGGGGGGAGGAGUACACCCUGCACCUGCCCAUGGGCUUCCACAGUCUCGCCUUCUACGUGCUGGAUGAGGACACCAUUGGGCACGAUGAUGUCAUUGGCAAAAUAUCGCUCAGCAAAGAAUGGAUUUCAUCGAACCCGCGAGGGAUUGACAGCUGGAUCAACCUGACGCACGUGGACCCCAAUGAAGAGGUUCAGGGAGAGAUCUGCCUGGAGCUGAAGGUGCUAGAGGAACCCCAGAAGAGGGCCCUGCACUGCCAUGUCAUUGAAGCCAGGUAGGAGUAGAUGGCUUCU